UACCCAAGGUUCCGGGGACUGAGCAGGUUUCAGACCUUUUUUCAGGGCUUCCACAGGCCUCAGGUUCUAGACUGGCGUUGGGACGUAUGCUGAUCCAGGCUUUGGCAGCUGGUGGCAGCUUUCAACCAGCUCACGCAGUGAGAGGGGCGGCUGAGGAAAGGUGUAACAGCAGAGACGCGCAGGACAGGCCUUAGGACCUUAAGAAUGGAGGGAACUAUGAAGCUUGCUACAGUGGAAGACACUGUGGAGUACCACCUGUUCCUGAUACCAGAUGAAUCAAGGGACCCAGAAGAACACAAAGAGAUUCUUCAGAAAUAUAUUGAGAGAAUAAUGACCCAGUUUGCACAUAUGUUGGCCCCCUAUAUUUGGCAGAAUCAGCCUUUCAAUCUCAAAUAUAAACCUGGGAAAGGAGGUGUUCCUGCUCAUAUGUUUGGCAUGACAAAAUUUGGGGAUAACAUUGAGGAUGAAUGGUUUAUUGUUUACAUAAUAAAGCAGAUUACAAAGGAAUUUCCAGAGUUAGUAGCAAGGAUUGAAGACAAUGAUGGUGAAUUCUUGUUGAUAGAAGCUGCUGACUUUCUCCCUAAAUGGUUAGAUCCUGAUAAUAGCACCAACAGGGUGUUUUUCCACCGUGGGGAGCUGUGCAUUAUCCCUACACCAAGGAAACCUGGAGCAGUAUCUUGGUUACCUGCCACACCCCCAACAGUCCCACAAGCAUUGAACAUAAUCUCAACACACCCAGAAAAAAUUUUGGCUUCAGAAUCUAUACGAGCUGCUGUGAAUAGGCGCAUCAGAGGGUACCCAGAAAAAAUUCAGGCCUCUCUUCAUCGAGCACACUGCUUCCUUCCAGCUGGCAUUGUAGCAGUGCUAAAGCAUCGCCCUAGAUUGGUGGCUGCCGCAGUCCAGGCAUUUUAUCUACGAGACCCCAUUGACCUUCGAUCCUGUCGUAUUUUCAAGACAUUCUUGCCUGAAACACGAAUAAUGACAUCGGUGACUUUCACUAAAUGUCUGUAUGCACAGUUGGUGCAACAAAGGUUUGUGCCAGACCGGCGAAGUGGAUACAGGCUUCCUCCUCCAUCUCAUCCCCAGUAUCGAGCCCAUGAAUUAGGCAUGAAGCUGGCUCAUGGAUUUGAAAUCUUAUGUUCCAAAUGUGGCCCACAUUUUUCUGACUCCAAGAAAUCCCAUGUGACUACCUCACCACUUUGGGCCAGCUUCCUUGAAAGUCUGAAAAAGAAUGAUUACUUUAAGGGACUGAUAGAAGGUUCUGCUCAGUACCAGGAAAGGCUAGAAAUGGCAAAGAACUACUUCCAGCUCUCAGUAAACCGGCCAGAAAGUUCUCUUGCCAUGAGCCCAGGUGAAGAAAUCUUAACCUUAUUACAGACAAUACCACUUGAGAUAGAAGAGCUUAAGAAAGAAGAGGCUAGUCUUCCCCCAGAGGAUGAUGACCAGUGGUUAGAUCUCUCACCAGAUCAGCUGGACCAGCUACUGCAGGAAGCUGCUGGCAAAAAAGAAUCAGAACCCAUUUCCAAGGAAGAGAAGGAGCAGAACUAUGACUUAACUCAAGUCUCAGAGAGCAUGAAAGCUUUCAUAUCUAAAGUCUCAACUCACAAGGGAGCAGAGCUGCCUAGAGAACCUUCUGAGGCUCCAAUCACUUUCGAUGCAGAUUCUUUUCUUAAUUAUUUUGAUAAGAUUUUAGGACCAAGGCCUCACGAGUCAGACUCUGAUGAUCUGGAUGAGGAAGACUUUGAAUGUUUAGACAGUGAUGAUGACUUGGACCUCGAAAUGCAGGACUCUAGCAAAGAGGCUUCUCUGAAAGGAGCUCUUAAUAAUCUCAAGUCGUACAUGGCCCAGAUGGACCAGGAACUGGCACACACCAGCAUUGGCAAAAGUUUCACCACCCGAAAGCAAGUGGAACCCGUAUUCCAGACUACCAAUAACAAUUCAGAUGAGGAAGAUUCUGGGAGAGGAGAAUCUGUUAUGGCACCAGUGGAUGUAGAUCUGAACCUGGUUUCAAAUAUAUUGGAAUCCUAUAGUUCCCAAGCUGGACUGCCAGGACCUGCUUCUAACCUUUUACAAAGCAUGGGAGUGCAACUGCCUGACAACACCGAUCACAGACCCACAAGUAAGCCAACAAAAGAUUAACCAGUACAUCCACCUUCUCUUUUUUUCUUUUUGAAUAAAUAUUGAGUCUGAUUCUGUUCA